UCCGCCUCAUUUUGAAUCUCUGUAACUUUUCAUCAAUGAUUCACUCUCUGGUAGUCUCGACCUUCCUCCAUGACCGUCAACAAUUAAAAACACUGACCUCUGAUGAGCUUGAGUCGCGAGCCUCUCUGCCAGCUGUCUGAGUCUCCUCACAGUCCUGAACAGAGCACACACAUCUCCUCUCUGCACACAGCAUCUUGUUCCUUGCAAACCAGAACUACAAGCUCCUCUGGAUUCUCAGGUUAUCAUACUGAGGUCUGUCAGACACUGAUGCUGGAUCAGCGGGAGUGGAAUGGAUAAUGGCCAUGGCAAACUGUAAUCUGCGGUCACCGUCCUCCCCUCCUCAUGUUGAUGUCAACCUGGGACCUUCAGCAAACCCACAUGCCAGACCCACUGACUUUGACUUCUUGGCUGUCAUUGGUAAAGGGACCUUUGGAAAGGUCCUGCUCGCCAAGCUAAAAGCCAACAACAAAUUCUACGCCGUCAAAGUGCUGCAGAAGAAAAUCAUCCUGAAGAAGAAAGAGCAAAAGAACAUUAUGGCAGAGAGAAAUGUGCUGCUGAAGAGUCUGAAACAUCCCUUUCUGGUCCGGCUCCACUACUCCUUCCAGACCCCGGAGAAGCUCUACUUUGUCCUUGACUAUGUGAAUGGGGGAGAGUUGUUCUUCCACCUGCAAAGAGAGAGGUGUUUCUCAGAGCCCAGAGCCAGAUUCUAUGCAGCCGAGGUAGCGAGCGCCAUUGGCUAUCUUCACUCUCUCAACAUUGUUUACAGAGAUCUGAAGCCAGAGAAUAUUCUCUUAGACUCUCAGGGCCAUGUGGUGCUGACAGAUUUUGGACUGUGUAAAGAAGGCGUAGAGCCAGAGGGAACCACCUCGACUUUCUGUGGAACUCCAGAAUACUUGGCACCAGAAGUUCUUCGUAAAGAAGCCUAUGACAGGACAGUGGACUGGUGGUGUCUGGGAGCAGUCACCUAUGAGAUGAUCUACAGCCUGCCUCCUUUCUACAGCCGUGACGUUGGUGAAAUGUAUGAUGGGAUUCUCCACAAGCCGCUGCCACUGCCUCCAGGGAAGUCUGAUGCCGUCUGCUCUCUGCUGGUGGGACUCCUGCAGAAGGACCAGCACAGACGCCUCGGGGCCAUCGCCGACUUUUUAGAAAUAAAGAACCACACAUUUUUCUCUCCAAUCAACUGGGACGACCUUUACCACAAGAGAAUCACUCCUCCUUACAACCCGAAUGUGAGAGGCCCGGCUGACACUCAGCAUAUUGAUCCAGAGUUCACCAGGGAAAUGGUUCCUAACUCCGUGAGUCGAACCCCGGAGUUCAACGCCGGCACCAGCUCCAACAACGCCUUCAAUGGGUUCUCCUUCGUCGCCACUGAGGACAGCUUUCUGUGAGGCAGGAGUUUGAACAGGGUGAUUCUUUUAAUGGAGUGAUAUUUCUUUUUUUGAGUCUCACGAAAAUAAGAGCUCCUCACGAAGCACUGCAGAAAUCCCGACAUGUCAUCUAUGUUUGACUAUUGCAGGGAUUUCCCGAUUUUUCCCUUUUGAGGGUGUAGCAGAGGGAGCACGCCUGCAAUGGAGACAUUUAUGGUUAAAAUAUGUUCCAAAAAGAUUGCCUGAAAGUCCCAGGUUUGUUCUUAGAGAGAUAGGGAGGAUCUGCAUAAACAUGUUACCAAAAAUGAUUGUUAUUCCAUUCAUCUUCAGUGGAAUAACGAGUGUGUUUGAUAAUUAUUUUAUGAACAAAAAUUGUCAUAUUAUGUCUAUUCAAAAAGAAAUCCCCCACCACAUUGUCUUCCUGUGUACAUCCGGACUCAGGGCUCUAUUUUCCUGAAAAUGUGCAGAUGCAAAUGAAGGCAAAAUUUCAAGUGCAAACAGAAAUAGGCAUGACCAUCAAACAACAGCAGGAAGAGGUGUGAGUGUGAUGCCCUGCCAUGGAGUUUGCUCUGAGCAGAGGAAAAAAUAUAAAAUAAAAAGGAAAAUAUUUAUAAUACAUACGUAAAAUUACACAAGGCACAUCUCUCAAAUCAGACUGUUGAACCGACAUUUCACAAGUUGUUUUUGGAAACUCGGACAUCAAACAGAACAUCAGCGCUGACGUCACUGGAUUAUAAUCAUGUGGAUGAUAUUACUGAUCUUCCUCAGCAACAUUUAAAUUUGUAUUUUAUUGCUCUAUCAAUCUCCAGUAGCUUAGAUGAAAACAAACCAUGUAGCAAACAUAAAGAGGAAGAACUUAACAUACAUGAAAGGUGCUUUGUGAUUAUGGAGAGGUCUGUGCCUGUACACCUAUUGCCCUGAAAAUAGACCUGCAUCUGAGGUAAAGAGCAUAAAACUUAUUUUGCCCUUAUGCUGGCUUUAUACCUGCAUGAAAAUAGAGCCCUUAAUAGUGUCUGUCUCCCUGAUCCCUGAUGAAUUUUACAGAAAAACACAUCUGAUUUUUUUAUGUGAACAGAAACAAUAACCCUUAGGUUCACCACCAGUGCUUUGAAAGAAGACAGCAUCCAAAAAAAGAAAUGAAAAAGGCAGUUCGAUUUUUUUUAAUAUCAAUAAUACCACACUCAUACCCAGCAGACACAGAUGGGGAAAAAAAUCUACUGCUUUAACCAGCCGUGUUUUUCACUUUAACAUCAAAUAUCAAAAAACAACUAUCAUUUCACACUUUUGUCACAUUGCUAUGAUAAAGGAAAACUGAGAUGACUGGCUGUCUCUACUGGCUUUUCACAUCGUCCUACAGGGUCAGAUUUCACAGGGAAACUGCUGAAUUGCUGGGACAAACUGCACUUUGUAAUCAUUGUUAUUAAGUACAUAAAGUCCGCUUUCCCUUGUACUUCAAACAAGAUGGUAGUGAUCUUCCUGUGUAAACAAAGCUGAUGACAAAAUCACAUCUGUUUUUUUCUUGACUGAAGACCAAAACAAAAAGUUUGACAAAAGAAAGACGACGAAAACUCAGCUAAGAAUAAUUGUAAUAUAAUAUAUAUGAGACAGUGAGUGAUACAGUUGGUGUGAAACAAAGGCUCUCACAACAGUGGUCUGGUUUGUUUAAGGCAAUUAUGCCAAAGUGUCAAAAUUAGUUUUCAGAUAAUGCACUGGUAUUAAAAAAUGCUCCGUGUAGCACUUUUAAAAAAAAUGUCAGUUAGCUACACAGUGUUUAUUCUGUGGACUGUGGUUUUAUGAAUUGUAACUGGGAAGCUUGGAAAAGAUUUUAGCUUGUAGAUAGCAAACAGUGAUAUUGAUUAGUUUUGUUUCAUGAUACAUGUUAGUGUUAUAUUGAAUACUGUAUGAAACAUCUGUAAAUAUACAGUAGCAGCUUUGAUGUACUGUAAUAACGUGAUGAUAAAUGAAGUUGGUGAUUGAUGGUGCUUGACGUUGACAGUGCUGGGUGAUGCAUUUGUACAUCUGAUGUCCUUGUUAUUUUUAUUAUGUCAUUUACAUAUCUAUAUACCUGACAUCUGGUAUUAAAGAAGCUUCUCUCUUUCAGUUGCUGAACAUAGAAUAUCCCUAUUUACCUGCUUUAAAAGACUAACGUUAGUUUUGCUCAAAGUUUUAGAUUUACAGAACAAUAUACCAGAUGCUGGAAACCAGAUACGCUCACAGGGGAAAUGCAGCUUUAAUAAUUUCUCCUAAAUGGUCUAAAGUCACUCAGACGAAUGCUGCUCUGGCCCUCAUUGCUCAUCGUUUGCCUUCUGAAACUGUAACCCUGCAUGCCAAGCCGUUGUUCCUUGACUGAUCCUGUUAAUAGAUAGCUGAUGAAAGAGUGUCAGGUCACGUGUGUGUGUGUGUGUGUGUGUGUGU